GUGAAGUAUCCAAGAUGGCGACUUCCAUUGCGUUUGAAAGUCAAACGAAGCGACGCAGAGAAAGAGAUGAAAAGCGUCGAGCACAAGCACUUAUCCUUCAAAAGGUAAAAGAAGAGUAUGAAAAUAAAGAACGACAGAAAGAAGCCCGCAAACUGAGAGGUGAUGAUAAGUGGAUGUUGUCUUCAGUCUCUGAUAGAAUUCAGGCUGAGGGUGAACAAUUGAAGUCCAAGAAACGUAAGAAGGAUAAAAAGAAAAAGAAGGAGAAGAAAGCAAAGCACAAAUGCAGGCACGAGGCAAGCGACAGUGACUUUUCAUCCAAAGAGGAUGAAACCUCUGAUGAAAUGGAAUGGGUGGAGAAUGAUUCUGCAUCAUCUAAGCCCUUGGUACAAAAUAUUACCACUUCAAAUGACAAACAGAGGAUGCAGAGAGAUAACUGGAUGAACGACCCCUUCACCGUAGCAACAUAUUCCCGUGAUGACAUCAGGAGAGAGAAAGUAGCGCAGCAGGACAGUGCUGAAACUGAAAAAGAAAAAGAACAAAAAAUGCUCCUUGAUAAUCCUGGUCAGUCAGACAGAGAACUGAACCCUUUCUGGAAGGAUGGAGGGACCGGCCUCCCAGAGGAGAAGCAUGACAUUUCUGCUCCUAAGCUAGGCAUUGCUGAUGCUGGAGUUGGCUGGUUAAAGAAACAAUACCAGAGGAUUAUGGAACGUGCCAAAGAGGAGGGCAGAUCAGUGGAGGAACUUGCUGCUGAAAGAUGGGGUUCACUUGAGAAGUACUAUGAAUUGUUGGCCAGGGCUGAAGGUGCACAGAACAGACCCUCUCAGAAGGACAGUAAUAAACCCAGGCAACACAGGGAUAUGGAUAGAGGUACAAGCUACAGGAGGGAUUGGGAAGAAAAAACACACAGAGAUAGGGAGAGAGGUGAUGAUAGAUGCAGAGGUAGAGAUCAUGGCAGGGAUAGUAAGAGAGACUGUGACAGAAAGAGUGACCGAUACAGGGACAGACUUAUAGCAAGUACCCAGAAAGGAAGCAGAAGCCCAGAUAGGAGCAGUGACAGAUCUAGAGACAAAUAUGGUGGCAGGGAAUCCAAAUCACACUCAUCUGUUCUGAGAAGAAGUGAAGAUGAAAAACAGGCAAGUACAUAUAGUAGGACUUCCACGAGACUAAGCAAAGCUGACUAUUCGAAACGCAAAGAUUUGAAACCUGAUAGUGUCAGAACUCUAGGAGGCCUGAAGGGAAUGUUCAAGAAACCUGGGGAAGAAUUGUCGGAUAGUAAGGAUGACUCCAGGAGGCGGGAUACGUUCUCUGGAAGUAAUAGGAGACAAGAGAAUGAGCCACCGGCUUGGAAGAAGACUUUUCAGAAACCAAAUGAAAAUCUUGAUAAGAACUCUGCAUCUUCAACAUCUUCGAUGGGAGAAUCUUCUAGUAAAUCAUCUUAUGAUGUUCCAGCUUGGAAAAAACAAACAACAGAAACAAAUAAACAAGGCAAGGGAUCGAUCAAAUCUUCACAAAGUUCCGAGGAAGAAUCGAAAAGCUCAAGCGAGUCUUCCUCAUCUUCUGGGUCUGAGAGUGACAGUAGUGUUGAUACAGAGAGGGAGAAAAACCCCUCCCCUCCCCUGAGGAUUUUAAGUGAUGCAGAAAUGAACCAACUUGGAGCAAAAAUUGUUAAAGCCGAGCUCAUGGGAAAUGAGGAUCUUGCCAAGAAAUUAAAGGCACAGAUGGAAGCAUCGCACCAAGCAAAAGUCAAACAAGCCACCAAAGGCCCCAGCCAGACACGCCCGUCCAGUGGUAAGAUGAAGACAGACAUAGGAUCAUCAGAUGAAGAAGAAGUGGUACUAACCAGGAUGGAUCGAACUGGUCAAAGCUGGCCACUACUUGGAGAAUCUAGUAAUAGUCCCCCUAACAAAGGAAAGAAGAGGAAGAAGAAACAGAAUAUUGUAACACAUGGCAAGGAUGGGCAGAGAGAGAGGUACUUUGGCGAUGAUGACCAACAAGAACUGAGGGACAUGGUUAGGAAAGAACGAAUGACAUCGAGUGAAGACCAGCUUCGUCUCUUCAACAAAGUGGCCAACAAGGCCCUGAAGAAGGUUACAGAUGACCACACCCUGGAUGACAUGUUUGUGUCUGCAGCUGCACACAAACGAUCCAGCAGUCAGGAGGAGGAAAGACACAAAGCGGCUGCUGUUAGUCAACAUCAUAAGAUGGCUGCUUCCAUGUCCAUAUGUCCUUUCUGUCUUGACAGUCCUGAGAUGCAGAAACACCUCAUCAUAGCAUUGGGAAUCAAGGUGUAUUUGUGUCUACCAGCCAGCCAGUCUCUGACAGACGGUCAUUGUCUGAUUGUACCUAUGCAGCACACAGUAGCCAGUACAGCCCUCGAUGAAGAUGUUUGGAAUGAAGUACAGAUUUAUCGCAAGGGCCUGACUAAGAUGUUUGAAGAUCAAGAAAGAGAUGCUGUUUUCUUGGAGACUUGCAUGAACCCAAGAGGUUACAGACACAUGGUGAUGGAAUGUGUGCCAUUGCCUAAAGAUAUUGGAGACAUGGCCCCAAUUUACUUCAAGAAAGCCAUCCAGGAAUCAGAGUCAGAGUGGUCUCAGAACAAGAAACUUGUAGACACAAGGAAGAAGGAUAUCCGUAAAAGUAUACCACGAGGUUUCCCAUAUUUCAGUGUGGACUUUGGAUUGGAUGGAGGCUUUGCUCAUGUCAUUGAAGAUGACAAGGUGUUCCCUCACUACUUUGGAAAGGAAAUUAUUGGCGGAAUGUUGGAUCUGGAACCUCAGCUAUGGAGGAGGCCUCAUCGGCAGAACUUUGAUGACCAACGUCAAAAGGUGCUGCAGUUUGGAGAAUGGUGGAAGCCAUUUGAUUGGACACAGAAAAUAGGGAAAGACUAGGGGACAGAGUUGAGAAACAGAACAACAGACAUAAGUUUGUUUAAAAUUAUGUACUUCAACUUGUAAUUGUUUGUGAUUUACAUUGAUAUGGGAUUUUGCCCUGUGGGCUUAAUAAAAAUAUUUACUUCAGUGCUUAAUUUUUAGGUUUUUAUUC